AUGAAUUCAUUCGCCAUAACAAAACAAGUCAAUGAACUUGAUGUCACAGCAGAAUUUAUGAUAGUAGCCAUGGCCGCGACUAACAUACUGACACAUUUAAAAGGUAUUCAAAUAUCACUACUGGAUACAAUUACCGAUAUACACAAUGGGCAUAUGAACGUCAACUUGAUAAGCCCGCAACAACUACAAAAUGAAUUAAGCAUCAUAUCGGGACAGCUGGAUAAAGAACUAACACUACCUAUUAAUAACAUUCAACUUGACUUAACAAACAUUUACCAUCUACUGCGAAUUAAAUGUGUCAUGACAAAACGAUACAUCCUUUUGGAAGUACGCGUCCCAUUAAUUAGCAGAGACAACUUCGAUUUAUAUAACAUUCAAGCCAUACCUAGACAAGUAGGAAAAAACAUGUUAGUGGCGAUACCUAUAGAAAAACAUAUCGCAAUGAACCUUCCAAAAGACUCCUACUUACCUAUGACAACAAACGAGUUAGAACGUUGUAUGUCACGUGACUCAACAACAUAUUUAUGUCAAUUGACCAGCCCUAUCUAUAAAAUGAAGAGCGACCUCGACUUUUGUGUAAGAGAAGUGAACACCGUAGAUAGGUGUAAAACUAAUAUUAUUACCUGCCAAAACAAAUGGAUAAGCUUGUCAAGGAUAAACCAAUACCUAUCCUUUUGCUGUGACAAGUGUAACUUACGAAAUUUGUGUAAAGAUCAAGUUACCGCACAUCAGCUGACUGGCGCAAACAUUAUAAACAUUCCCGAAGGUUGCAUAGUAAAAAUGGAAAACUUGACUGUAUACACCCACAACAAGAAGGAGAGCACACUCAACAUAAGCCCUGAUGUAGAAGUUCCGAAUAUUGCCCCAAUUAAUCACGUAAUUAACAUAACAGUUCAGAAUAUGGAGAUGGAAACGACCACAGAUGGCAAAGAUGAUGGCACUGCGUUAUUAAGGGAAAGCAUAGAGCAGAAAAUUAAGAUGAUGAAAGAAGAACAACCCUUAUCAAAUGGGGUAUCCAUUCAUGAUAUACACCACUAUACCCUCAUCUACGGUAUUUUGAUAGUUGGAGCGAUAAUAAUCCUUUUCCUCGGCUGGCGAAGGAUGCAGUCGCAACGAGAGGCUGUAGCAGCAACGUCAAGACAAGCGGCCGAGGAGGUCCCCAGCCGGGAAGCUGGGACGCAGCCGCAGCCCUCCAGGCGCAACAUCGACUGUGUUGAAUCUAGUGAGCCUAGUGAAAGUGCGCGAGUGCAAAUAAAUGACCGCGAGAGUGUUCUCUAUACAGAGAGGGGCACGACCCCAGUGUUAAGAAAAAUAGCGUUUAGUGACGAUUCUAUGUGAACAUAACAAUUCUUUAUAGGACUUUAAGUUUUAUACAUUUUUAUUUGUGAUUUUAUACAACAUUUGUACACGUUUUAUUGACAUACUUCCAUUUUAUGAUUUUUAUAAUUUAAAUUUAUAUCGUAUUUUCUAUCUUUUGCCCUCGGCAAGAUGUUCAGUGCACAUGCACCGAACACGUGAACACGUGACAGGCGCCCGCGACCCAGUUUAGUUUGGCGAUGCGGCCGUUUGCACAAGUCAAUGCACUUUUCGGAACCGUCGCGACCGGAUGCAUUCCUAACAAUUUUAAACAUUAACAUUGUAACAUUUGUACUUAACAUAAUUCAUGUAGCAUAACAGUGUAAUAAACAUUCUGGCAUAUU